ACUUCGCUCCUCCCGCUCCCGGCGCUCCCCCCCCGCUCCCGUUCACCCCGGUCCCGGCGCCGCUGUCCCGGGGGGUCCCGGGGGGGGAAUGGGGGGGCCCGUCCCGGCGCUGGUGGCGCUUCUGGCGGCCGCCGCCCUGCGAACGGCGGCGGGAACGGAAACGGGGAUGGAAACGGGAAUGGAAACGGGAACGGCCACGGCCCCGCCCGGGCUGUGGCUGCUGGAGCCCCCCCGGAACGUGUCGGCGGCGCCGGGGGCCGCGGUGCGGCUGCGGUGCCGGGUGCGGGGCGCGGGGCCCCCCCCGGAGCUGGGCUGGAGCCGGGACGGGCUCCCGGUGCCCGCGGACACCGACCAGGCGCUGGUGCCGCUCGGCAGCGGAGGGUGGCUCGGGGCCACCGAGCUGCGGCUGGUGCCGGUGCAGGGCUCCCACUCGGGCCGGUACCGGUGCUGGGCCCGGGCCGGGGGGCGGCAGCUGCUGUCACCGGAGGCGCAUCUGGAGCUGGCGGGGCUGCCGCAGUUCGAGGAGGAGCCGCAGGACGCGGAGGUGCCGGUGGGGGGCGCGCUCACGCUGCGCUGUGGGGCGCGGGGCCCCCCCGAGCCCGUGCGGAUCCUGUGGCUGCGGGACGGGGCCCCCCUGGAGCCCCCCGCGGAGCCCGCGGCCAACGGCAGCUCCACGCUGCGGCUGAGCGGUCUCACCCGCAGCAGCACGUUCUCCUGCGAGGCGCACAACGCCCGCGGGGUGGCGACAUCCCGGGGCGCGACCAUUACAGUGGUGCCGCAGCCCCCCCGGCAGGUGGCGCUGUUGGGGCGCGGCCCCGAUUGGCUGGAGCUGGGCUGGGAGCUGGGGGAGGCGGGAGAGAGUCACGUGACCCAGUGCUGGGUGCAGGCGGAGGCGGGCGGUCACGUGCAGGAGCGCGCGGCCCCGGUCCCGCCCCCCGCGCUGCGGCUCGCGGGGCUCCGCCCCUUCACGCGGUACCGGGCGCGCGUGCGCUGCGGCGCCUCCGCCUGGAGCCAAUGGGAGCGCGCCCAGACCCGCGAGGGGGCUCCGGGCGCCCCCCCCGAGAACGUGACGCUGGAACGGGCGGGGCGGCGCGUGCGGGUGCGCUGGGCGCCCCCUAGCGGGCAGCUCAACGGCGCGCUCCGGGGCUUCCGCCUGCGCUAUGGGGGGGACCGGGACCCCCAGGUGGAGCUGGACGUGGGGCUGGCGCAGGAGCAGAGCCUGGAGCUGCAGCAGAACCUCUGGGUGCGGGUGGCCCCGUACACGGGGGGGGGCGACGGGCCCUGGAGCCCCCGAGUGCUGCUGCCCCCCCUUGGAGAGACGCCCCUGGAGACACAGCCGGUGCUCCCCGCGGUGGCUCUGGCUGGUGACCAGUGGCCGGCCGUGGUGGCGCUGGUGGCGCUGGUGGCGCUGGUGGCACUGGGGGUCCUGGUGGCCCGGCGCUGGAGGAGGAAGAAGCCUCAUUAUGGUGUGGCCUUCGCACCCCAUGGGGAGCCCGUGGUGCAGUUCCGGGUGCGGAGCUCCUACAGCCGCCGAUCCACCAACGCCAUGCUGUCCCGCCUGGGCAUCAGUGAGGAGCUGCAGGAGAAGCUCCGGGACGUGACGUUGGAUCGACACCGCGUGGCCCUGGGCAAGACCCUGGGCGAAGGGGAGUUCGGCUCCGUCGUGGAGGGGCAGCUCCAGCAGGAGAGCGGCGUCCUCAGGGUGGCCGUGAAGACCAUGAAGAUGGCCAUGGGCAGCCGGGCGCAGCUCGAGCAGUUCCUCACCGAGGCCGUUUGCAUGAAGGAGUUCGACCACCCCAAUGUCAUGAGCCUCAUCGGCGUGUGCCUGCAGCCGUGGGGCGACGGGGGCCUCCCCGCCCCCAUCGUCGUGCUCCCGUUCAUGGCACACGGGGACCUGCACAGCUUCCUGCUGCGCGCCCGGCUCGGCCAGCCCCCCCUGGCGCUGGCUGCGGGGACGCUGCUGCGCUUCAUGCGGGACAUCGCGGCCGGGAUGGAAUAUCUGAGCAGCAGGAACUUCAUCCACCGGGACCUGGCGGCCAGGAACUGCAUGCUGGACGAGCGCCUGCGGGUGCUGGUGGCUGACUUCGGGCUGGCCAAGCGCCUGGGGGGGGGGCAGUACUACCGCCAGGGGCGGGUGGCGCCCGUGCCCGUCAAGUGGGUGGCGCUGGAGAGCCUGGCCGACCGCGUCUACAGCACCAAGAGCGACGUGUGGUCCUUCGGGGUGACGAUGUGGGAGAUCCUGGCGCGCGGGCGCACCCCCUACCCCGGGCUGGAGAACGGCGACGUCUACGAGUACCUGCGGGGGGGGCAGCGCCUGCGGGCGCCCCCCGGCUGCCCCCCCGAGCUGUACGCGCUGAUGCUGCGGUGCUGGGCCGCGGACCCCCGGGACAGACCAACCUUCACCGAGCUGGGGGGGGCGCUGGGGGGGGCGCUCCGCGCGCUGCCCCCGCCCCCCCCCGGGCCCCCCGACCCCCUCUAUGUCAACAUGGGGGAGGGGGGCGCCGCCGGGGGCCCCCCAACACUGGGCAAGGAGGGGGGGGGCGACCCCCCCGAGCCCCCCCCGCUCCCCCACAGCGAGGGGGGCCCCGGGCGCUACGUGGUGUGUCCGCCCCCCCCUCCCGGGGACCCCCCCGGGGACCCCCCCGGCCCAUUGGGCUGUGCCUGACGGGGGGGAGGGCGUAAAGUGGGGACCCCCCCCCUGCACCCCCAAAUGCUGCAUCACUGCCAGGGACCCCCCCCCGCCGUGCACCCCCUCAAUGGGACCCCCCCAAAGGAUGGGACCCCCCCAGUGGGACCCCCCCAGGUACUGGGGUGAACCAGGACCCCCCCCAAACGGAUGGGACCCCCCCAAAUGGGACCCCCCCCAAUGGGAUCCCCCCAACGGCAUCCCCCCCAGGUACUCGGGUGUCUCGGGACACCCCCAAAGGGAUGGGACCCCCCCCAUAGGGACCCCUCCAAGGUACUCGGGUGUCCCUGGGACCCCCCCAGAGGAAUGAAACCCCCCUAAUGGGAUCCCCCCCAAAGUGAUGGGACCCCCCCAAUGGGACCCCCCUGAGAGGUGGGACCCCCCAAGGUACCAGAGACCCCCAAAGGGAUGGGACCCCCCUCCAUAGGGACACCCCCAAGGUACUCGGGUGUCCCCGGGACCCCCCAACGUGAUGGGACUCCCCCAUUGGGACCCCCCCCAAGUGAUGGGAACCCCCAGGUACUAGGGACCCCCAAAGGGAUGGGACCCCCCCAUAGAAACCCCCCCAAGGUACUUGGGUGUCCCUGGGACCCCCCCAGAGGAAUGAAACCCCCCUGAUGGGAUCCCCCCCAAAGUGAUGGGACCCCCCCAGGUACUACGGACCCCCAAAGUGAUGGGACCCCCGCAAUGGGACCCCCCCAAAGUGAUGGGACCCCCCCCAAUGGGACCUCCCCAAGGUACUGGGGUGUCCCCGGGACCCCCCCAAAGUGAUGGGACCCCCCUAUUGGGACCCCCCCAAAGUGAUGGGAUCCCCCCCAAUGGGACCCCCCCAGGACACUGGGGUGUCCCGGACCUCCAAUGGACGGCCCCCCCCAUGCCCCCCCAUUGCCG